AUGCAAGAACAUACUCACAGCAAACUCCGAAUGAGCUCCGCGACUUCGUCAAUGUCCAGCUUCGCGUGCUCUACUCUAAAGUCGGAAUCGGACAAUCACGUGACCUCCGCGGGUCGCGAGCCGAGAGCCGGCGCAGGGAAGCGCAGAACGUCGUUCCUGGGAACUCUCUCCAGCCGCGUGCAUAUGCCAGGCGGUUCGUCACCGCAGUUGCUCGCAGCCCUGCCUGACCUCCAGGAGAGCAUCUUCCGUCCCUACAACAACUACAUCGAUUACAAAACCACCAAAUCACCCCCCACAUCACAUUCUACGUCGCCUUUCCGCUGCUACACCCGGCCCCAACUGCAGCUCGCCCUCCAGAUGUCCGAACAGCUGACCUCCGAGGCCCUUUUUGACGAGGAUAUGUUCGACACUAGCAGCGACGAAGAGGACGCUACUGGUGCCAAAAUCCACCAUCCCCGCCCGUCCAGUGCUGCCAAGAAGUCGCAGCACCUGCUUAGCAUGCCUUACGCACACCGCCAUAUGUAA